CGGGCAGGCGCACGCUCGUACGGCGGCCGCAGCGGCAGGGCGGGGCCGCGAGGCGCAAGCGGCGGCGCAGGAAGCCCCCGGGAACGCCACCUCGCUUCCCUCGGGGUCUCGCUCGGAUCUCGGCUAGCGGCCGGGGGUCCCCAGGACUUGGGCGCACAACCAUGGGCGGCGUCGGGGAGCCCGGCGGGGGACCGGGGCCGCGAACUGGGCCCGCGCAGCCAGGGGAGCCGUUGCCCACCUUCCGCUGGGAACAGAUCCGGGCGCACGAUCUACCAGGCGACAAGUGGCUGGUCAUCGAGCGCCGUGUCUAUGACAUCAGCCGCUGGGCACAGCGGCACCCGGGCGGCAGCCGCCUCAUCGGCCACCACGGCGCCGAGGACGCCACGGACGCCUUCCACGCCUUCCACCAGGAUCUCAACUUUGUGCGCAAGUUCCUGCAGCCCCUGCUGAUUGGAGAGCUGGCCCCGGAGGAGCCCAGCCAGGAUGGACCCCAGAAUGCCCAGCUGAUUGAGGACUUCCGAGCCCUGCGCCAGGCAGCCGAGGACAUGAAGCUGUUUGACGCCGACCCCGCCUUCUUUGCACUCCUGCUGGGCCACAUCCUGGCCAUGGAGGUCCUGGCCUGGCUCAUCAUCUACCUCCUGGGCCCUGGCUGGGUGCCCAGCAUCCUUGCUGCCCUCAUCCUGGCUGUCUCCCAGGCUCAGUGCUGGUGUCUGCAGCACGACCUGGGCCAUGCCUCCAUCUUCAGGAAGUCGCGCUGGAACCACGUAGCGCAGCAGUUCGUGAUGGGGCAGCUGAAGGGCUUCUCUGCCCACUGGUGGAACUUCCGCCACUUCCAGCACCAUGCCAAGCCCAACAUCUUCCACAAAGACCCGGAUGUAACUGUGGCUCCCGUCUUCCUCCUGGGAGAGUCUUCUGUCGAGUAUGGCAAGAAGAAGCGCAGAUACCUGCCCUACAACCACCAGCACCUGUACUUCUUCCUGAUUGGUCCUCCACUGCUCACCCUGGUGAACUUUGAAGUGGAGAAUCUGGCAUACAUGCUGGUGUGCAUGCAGUGGUCGGACCUGCUCUGGGCUGCCAGCUUCUACUCGCGCUUCUUGUUGUGCUAUGCCCCCUUCUACGGCGUCCCUGGGGCCCUGCUCCUCUUUGUCGCUGUCAGGGUCCUGGAGAGCCACUGGUUCGUGUGGAUCACACAGAUGAACCAUAUCCCCAAGGAGAUUGGCCACGAGAAGCACCGGGACUGGGCCAGCUCUCAGCUGGCCGCCACCUGCAAUGUGGAGCCCUCAGCCUUCAACGAUUGGUUCAGUGGACACCUCAACUUCCAGAUUGAGCACCACCUCUUCCCCACUAUGCCGAGGCACAACUACAGCAGGGUGGCCCCGCUGGUCAAGGCGCUGUGUGCCAAGCACGGCCUCCACUACGAGGUGAAGCCAUUCAUCACUGCCCUGGUGGACAUCGUCGGGUCCCUGAAGAAGUCCGGCGACAUCUGGCUGGACGCCUACCUCCACCAGUGAAGGCAGCAGCCAGGCGGGCAGAGAAGGGCCCAGCAGCCACCAGGUCCCACAGCCCCGCCCCCACCCCAGCCUGGGGGGCACCCCGCCUGCACUCCUGUCUGCUGUCUUCCCCUCAACACCCCCAAGUUCCCCACUGUCUGCUUGGCUUUCCCAGGCCCCAAGCCAGGCCAGGCUGGGGCACCAGGCCCAGCAGGACCAGGGGGAGAGGGAGGGUGAGCAUGGCAUGUUUUCCUAGAGCAAGAAUUGGGGGAAAACUGUUAUUUUUCUAUAAAAACAAAGCCAGAGAUGUGAUGGAAA